UGGACAAAACUGUGCAAUGCAUUUCUUGGAGCAGCGAAAUGGGCGGCGGUUGGGCAGCUGCCAAAGGCUGAACACUAUCUAAAGAUGGCAAAUCGUACAUCAGCUGUAAAUGUGGUGUUUCUUCACAUUUUCUUUCUACUGGGAGAAGCUUUAACUACAAAAACGAUAAAUCUUGUUGAUAAUGAUCCUGACAUUAUAUCUUCUGCGGCUUCCAUUUUUACUCUCUCGGAAAGCUUAAAAACUACCAAGGAUGAGGAUCGCAAUGGCGGGUUCGGAUCUUACAUGAAAUGCUAUAUGAGGGAAUACCCUCUGUCUUCUGUCGAAGAUUCUAAAUUGCAUUCUAUGGAGAUGAUUUCAGACUCAUGGAAACGGCUCAACAAGCAAUGUCUUUCUCCAAAUCCAUUUUCACCAUCUUUCACUAGGGCUGCUCUUAAUUGUGCAAGAUUAGCUCCAUUAGUUUAUGGCUUUGAUAACAAUCACAAUCUCCCAAGCCUCCAGAAGAGCAUGAAGUCUCUACUUUUUGAGAGAAUUGCAAUUUAGCUAUCCUCUUAUAUAAGAUUUGGAUAUUCGUUCUAUAACAAUUUUUAUUUUUAGGGUACAUCAAAAUGGAUAUGUAUAGAAAUCCCUGUUGAUGAGAUGGGAUGAUAAAAUAUCUUUUCUCUUUUAAGUAGAGUUUUUAUAUUUAAAAUUUGGGUAUAUAUGGAAUAAUUUUGAAUCUCAGAAGUAAAUGUUUUAUUUAUUUUUGUAGACUUUUUUUGGCUCGAAUUCGAAUUAAAUCGGGCGAUUGAGCUUUA